AUGGCAAGUGAAGGGUCAGAAGAAAUAGUAAAAUUAAUCCAAAAAGUAGAUCAAGCAGGACAAUCUCACAUACUGCAUUACUUACUCGCCCCUUCCGUGAGCGAACAAAAAAUUUUGUUCGCUCACGGAGGGAAGCUAAUUGUUUUUUUUAAAAAUUUCCAAUUUGUAAAAAUUAAGAAACAAAAAUUAAUAUUAUCUGCGAAAUUUAUUUUUAAAAUGCAAGCUGUUUAAAAAUUAAACAGAAUUAGUUGAGAUUUCAUUAUAAUAAUUAUCAUUUAUAUAUCAGAUUUUUUUUCAUAAAAAUUUUUACAUUAACAAAAUUUUUGUUCGAUUACGGAGGGUGGGUUUUUGGGCAAAAAAAAUAGGGAUUUUUCCAAAGGUUGUUUGUUCACGGAAGGGGGAGUUAGGAGAAUUGGAUCGAGAAAAAAAAGAAACCUUAUUAGAAGAAAUAAAAAGCGUUGAUUUCGGGCUAGUUAGCGAACUCUACAAAACUCAUCAUGUCGAAGGAGUCAAACAAGCUGAAGAAAUCAUAAUCGAGCCAUACCCAAAUAUCCUAGACAUCAGCACUCUAUCAAAACAACACCUAAAGAACCUUCACAAAGAUGGACUCAAACUGAUUGCAGAAGGCAAAGUAGCCGUUUUAAUGUUCGCUGGAGGCCAAGCUACACGUCUCGGAGUUUCUUACCCUAAAGGAAUGUAUGAUAUCGGACUACUAUCUCACAAAUCUCUAUUCCAAAUUUAUUCAGAAAGGCUUAUCUCUCUUCAAACUCUUGCAUCAGAAUCUUUAUCAUCCCCAGCCCCACCCAUUCCUUGGCUAAUUAUGACAAACCAAGAGUCCUUGCUGCUUAUCCAAAGCUAUUUCCGCUCAAAUGCUUAUUUUGGCCUAGACCAGUCCCAGCUUUUUUUCUUCCCCCAAGAAAUGCUCCCAGCUAUUGAUUUUGAUGGAAAAAUCCUCCUCUCCCAAAAAAACAAACUCAGCUUGUCCCCUAAUGGCAACGGUGGGGUAUACGAAAGUUUAGAAAAAUCAGGCGGCUUAUUGUGGCUCGAAAACAAAAGAAUUAAAUUUUUGCACAUUUGUGGAGUUGACAAUGCUUUGCUUAAAAUUUGUGACCCAAAGUUCAUUGGGUAUGCAGAAGACCAAGAUGUAGAUGUGGUAAGUAAAGUUGUGGCAAAAAAAAGCUAUGUCUAUUUAUAACAAAUAAAAAAUCUGUCUAUUAGAUUCUAGUAAAAACUUACUUAUAUUUAUUAAAAAUGAGGAUAUAAUGAAGCAUGUGGAGUUUUGGCGAUGAAAAAUUCAAAGCUUUGUGUGGUAGAAUAUAGCGAGCUUAGUGAAGAAAUGGCCAAAUCAGUUGAUGAAGAAGGCAAACUGAGGUAUUUUGGCGGAAAUAUUUUGAAUCAUAUUAUGAAAGUUUCUUUUAUUAGGAGAAUUGUGAGUAACCAUUUAUCUGAAUUAAGGUCAAAAUACCAUGUGGCUAGAAAAAAGGUACCGCAUAUUGAAAAUGGGCAGGUAGUCACUCCGAAUGUCCCAAAUGCGCUUAAAUUUGAGCUAUUUUAUUUUGACGUGCUAGAAUUAGCAGAAUCUUCGGCUGCACUAUGCUGUGAUAGAGACAGCGAAUUUUCUCCUGUAAAAAAUGCAAGCGGUCCUGAUAGUCCUGAAUCAGCAAGAACAUUGAUAAAUAAUUUACACUUAAAAUGGGUGGAAAAAGCAGGAGGGAUUUUACCACAAGGAAUUCCUGAUGGAAUUGUAUGCGAAAUUUCUCCUUUGGUCUCUUAUGAUGGUGAAAAUUUGAAAUUCUUGGAAAAUAAAAAAAUUUCUCUUCCGUUUUACCUUUAUUACUAA